AUGACCACUCUACCACCAACCCCCGAACCAACACCUGGCCCAACAGCAGGUCCUACACCAGGUACAACACCUCAGCCAACCAGAAUUGGAACUCCAAUUGACCAAGAUUCCAAGUGUGAAGAUUUCAUAGAGUAUGAAUUUGGUUGGAAACAGGACAACCCUGGUUGUGUGGAUGAAAGUGAUCUCUUUGAAAAUAAGCUAGAGCUGGUGCCUGGCCUGGGGAAUCUUCCACAAGGAUGUGGAGCCUCUACAAACGGUCUUGGAAGCUACACCUUCCAGUGUCUGGAACCGGAUGGGGUAGACGAGGACAACUUUGUUCAGUAUCGUGCUGUCCGUCUGACUUCGACAGUGACUGGAGCCGUUAUUGUCAAGGGAGGGCCUGAUGGUGGCCGCCUGUUUGAAAUUUUUGCUGGUCAAUCCUAUUAUCUUACUACAGGAAGCAAUCAUGCCAUCAGUCAUAUUGAGUUCUGUUUCUCCUGCCCUGAUACCACCAAUUCCCCGACCCCAAGUCCUACUGGCUCCCCUACGCCAGCUCCCACUCCUGUUCCCAGCCCAUCACCCUCAUCUGAAGCAACCCCAAACCCCACCGCUCAAACAACUGGGUCCCCCACACUUGAGCCAAGCCCGGGCCCGACACCUGGUCCCACAGGAUUCCCAUCAACGAGCCCCACCCCAGGACCAACCCCUCAACCAUCCAGCGAUGGCGACUCAAACCCCACAGCACCUAGUGGCACACCCGGACCAACACCUGCACCAACACCUGCACCAACACCUGCACCAACAAGUUCCCCUACCCCUGAGCCAUCACCUGGCCCUACAGAUGGCCCUACAGAACACCCAUCGGCCAGCCCAACCCCUGGACCAACCACGGGAACAUCACCUCAGCCGAAAACACAGUCGCCAACUCCUGCACCCAGCCCAACCCCAACACUUGCCCCCACGCCGGUUCCUAGUGUAAGACCAACAGUUGAGGCCGCCACUGCCAGCCCCACAGGAUCGCCCACUCCGGGACCCACGCACGAGGGAAGUGCAAAUCCCACUCCUGUUCCCACGGGUAAACCAACAGCCACACCAACUUCAGGUCCAACGCCAGUACCAACUCCUGCUCCAUCUGCAGCACCAACAAGCAAACCAACAUCAAACCCCACUCUUGCUCCAACUCCAACACCAACAUCAGCGCCAACCCCAGGUCCAACACCCAUCAGUGAACACCCUGACUGCAAGAAUAUGGGUUAUCACUUUGGCUAUAAGCAGCAAAACCCGGGCUGUGUGACAUCAGAUCCUCUACUGGCUCCAGUCGACUUCACCUCACUUAUGAUGACCCCAGUGUUGCCUGGAAUGGUGAAUUGUCAGCUUCAGAACCGCGGCAACUUCAGGGCUACUUGCCACAAUGGGCAGGUACCAGUCGACCCAAAUGAUUUAAGAACGGAGUUUGCUUAUGUCAACAUUGAAGCUUCUGUUGAAGUGGCAGUGUUUGUGAAGGGAGGUAAAGGCGGCAUGCUCUACAACUUGACGGAAGGAGACUUGUACCAGGGCUUGAAUCCUGGUAAUGGGGAACUGAUUGAGCACGUUGAGUUCUGCUUUUUCUGUACGGUCCCGGCUGCUCCGACCCCGGGACCUACACCCAACCCCACACCGGCACCUUCCCCCAAGCCAACACCAGCACCAACACCUGAGCCAACACCAGCGCCAACACCGAAUCCCACACCAGCACCUUCACCGAAUCCCACACCAGGACCAACGCAGGCGCCAAUAGGAACCCCCACCGGAACUCCCACUGGAACUCCAACAGGCACCCCAACCGGAACUCCCACUGGAACUCCAACCGGAACUCCAACAGGCACCCCAACGGGGACACCCACAGGAACCCCAACGGGGACCCCAACAGGGACACCCACUGGAACUCCAACAGGAACUCCAACUGGAACACCAACCGGGACUCCUACCGGGACUCCUACCGGGACUCCUACCGGGACUCCCACUGGAACACCAACAGGUACUCCAACGGGGACUCCUACCGGAACCCCAACAGAGGCCGCUUUGCCACCUGCUGACUUGCCAGGAACACAGAUUGGCCAGAGCGAUAAGUGCACAGAUUUUGGAUAUACUUUUGGUUGGAAACAAGAAGACCCUGGUUGUGUUGAUAGAACCUCAGACACUUCGUUUGAGACUGAUUUGAGCAUUGUUCCAGAGAUUAAUUUAUCAGAUUAUCCUGGAUGCAGCACUACAGGCUUGGGUGUUUACAGGUUUGAUUGUCAAAACGAGGAUGGAAAUUCCGGUGAAUUUUUUGGUGUCGACCUUUACUCCAGCGUUUCAGGUACAGUAAUUAUCAAGGGAGGCAAUAACGGAGGCCGCAUAUAUGAUAUUUCUGCAGGGCAAACCUACUACCUCACAACAGGGGGUGAACCAGGAAGCGAACGUGCCAUCAGCCAUAUAGAAUUCUGUUUUAGCUGUCCAACAAGGAGAGGACUGCGAAGGCAAUCUGUUCUGAAGGGUCCUGAAUGUGAUCUUGGUGCUUCCAAUGGCACUCUCAUCUAUGGUCGCCCCUCCCUUGAUGAAGAUCUGCCUGCUGGCGUUGUUUCGGUUACGAAAAUGAACAAGCCCAACAUGAAUGGUUACCUAAUGGAAACUACGGGGCCUGGAACAUUUGAUGUCUCGCUGUACACAGAUGCGUCAGAAGCGUACAAGGUUGGAACGGCCGAGAUAGAUGUUGGUUCCUGUGAUGGAGACCCUGAAACAAAGUCAAGCUCGGUUGAGUGGCAGGCCACUGGUGAUGAAGAUGCCUGCGUACUGCGAAACUCCACUGUCAACAAGAUCCAUAUCAGCAACAAUGUACCAAGCAACUAUGAUGAUUUCAGUCCGAACUGUUGCGAACCAGGAAUGCCAUGUUACAUAUUUGUGGAGUCUGCGAUUGAGAGAAUUUCCUGUGGUGCAUGUGUCUAUUAG